AACACCUUCAUUCUGCUUAAUACCCGGUGAUAGUUAGCUGGAAGCAUCAAGAGGGGGAUCUCCGUUAGAUGGACAUGAAGUACAUAUUGCUUCGGAAUUCGGAUUGGCGGCUGCAAGCUUGUGCGUGGAGCAAUCAUAAUUUGUUCAAGCCUCCGCUUUCAUUUCCCCUCUUCCACCACUUUAAUGCUGUCCAUUUGUUAUGACAUCAGCCGUUUAUACCCGCACAUCUGUUACACAUAAUUUGAGGGGAUCUGAAGGCAUAGCCAACCAGUCAAAUGGACAAGCUUUAACACUAGUUGCCGUGCUUCAAGCCUCCAACGUCUUAUUAGUAUUGAAGGCCUUUUGCCAACGACAACCUCUCCUCAAUAGCACGGAGCAUAGCCGUUUUCUAGCUGGUGGUACGACAUUCACGAUGGGAACUUUCAUCGAAGAAUGCAGGAGAUUUUAGCUUACUCCUCGACUGUGCGUCUUGGGAGUUAUAUUCUCUGCCAAUAGGUCCUUGGUUAAUCCAUCGCUCCCGAGACCCCAGGCUUGCAAGCCCGUCUCCUAGAUGGGAAACAAUCCCCGCAGUAUUGGGGGAUGUUGAUAUACGAAGAAUAUGCCAUGGAAUGCGCAGACUUGCGGGGCAAGAGAAGAUAAAGAUCGAAAGCAGCAACAGGAGACUCUCAAAGACCUUGAUCCGGCGUCUUCUAUAUUAUCCUUGCAUUGAGAUGUCACUAUCGACAAAGGAGGGAAAUGCUGUUGGCGACCAAACUUUUGAAAUCAGCCAUUUCAUCGAUUCCUGUUUAUUCUUCAGUCCUGAUACAUGAUCUAGUGGGGGUUAAUUUGCUCAUUCUCAACAAUUGACUCUAGACUCACUUGAUCCAAGGCUUUGACCCCAUUUCCCCCUCAUUUCUUUGGAUUGAGCCGAUCAUGCGAUACUGCAAGUGCUCAAAUCCAAUCUUGUAAUUGCUAUUUUACUCGUGAGUUCUUUAAAGAUGCCAGUUCUCUUAUGCAGCCACGAACGAAUCUUCACUGCGGAUGCAUCGGAUGGGUUCAAUAGAUCGUAUUCAAAUGAGGGGGAAGCGCAGACUUGAAGAAUUUGAAUGUUGCCCCCUCAGCCCUUGGCUUUAGUAAAAUUGAGGGCAUUCGCCUUGCUACAGCUGCAAAAUCGUCUAUAUAUACACCUCAAAUCUCCAUGAAAGAGCAAGAUCAAAGCUUCCAUAUCCAUCAUCAUUUACUUACUUACCAAAACUCAUACUCAUUACCAUUCUCUCAAUAGCACCACAAUGUCUUCUCUUCUAACCACAGAGCUUGCUUGCACUUCUGCUCCUGAUCAAGUCCUACACCUCUUCUUCCAGGAGGGCCAAAACAUCCUUGAAGCGCGAUCUCCAGAUGGUGGCAAUGUUUGGACCACUCAAGACACUGUUAUUUCCAAAGAUGGAGAUUACAAUGGUUCUUCGAUGACAUGUUAUUAUGUAGACAAGGACGCGAACUUCGAUAACCAGCCUUCAAUUCAUCUUCUCUACAUUAACAAGGACAAGCAAUUGAUGGAAAAAGUGAAGCGCAUGAAGGGGGACAAUCCAAUCUGGGAGGACGUCAAGAUCCCAGACGAAGUCAAGAAAGGCCCAGAGCAAUAUUCGAGAUUGGCUAGUGGGGCUUUCAAUUCAGGUAGUGGAUGGAAUCCAAAUGGUUCGCAGUGGGCCUACUUUUCAGCUAUCAAGGACGGCAAGAUGGGCAUUGUUGAAAUUAGACGCACUCCAAAGGACCCAUGGCAUACUGAGACCAUUCUCCCUGAGAAAUGGGGCGAGGAGCUCCCAGGUACCUCCCUAGAUUGCACAAUCUCGAGCGGAAGAAUCAGGAUCUUCUUCCAGCACCAUGACUAUAGCAUCCGUUUGUUUGAGAACCAAGAUAACAAGUGGCAUGACCGAGGCGUCUACGUCGAGAAAGACAAGGUUCAAGCCACAACACCAAUUGCUUGCACCAUGACUAAGGACGGAAAGGUUCAUCUUUUCUACGUCGCAAAAAACAACAAGAUUGUUCACUGCACCGAUGGAAAGAAAGAGGAAGAACUGGUCAAUUUCUUCCCGGGCUCAAAGUUGGGCGCCACAUCAGUUGACAACAAGAUCACCUUGUUCUUCAGGAACUUGAACCCCGUCAAUGAGGUUGGUACAUUGGAGAACGAGAAUGGCUCAUGGAAGCAUGGCAGCACUGUCAUCCGUGCAUGAUUAAUAGUGAAUAAUUAGGAGGAGGUUCUUUCUUAUGUUAAUUCAGGGGACUCCCGCAUGAGGGGGGGAAAAGUUGUUAACUUUCUUUAAACACCCAACCACAAUCAGUCAUAUCGGGAUGAUAUUAUGAACAAAUUCACAUUCCUUGCAAUUUGCUUCACGAUCAAUCAGCUAAUAGUUACCUUUCCUUUCAAUUAAGUCAUUUGUCUCCCCGAAAUA